CCUGUGUGGCUGCGCCCACCAUCAAGCUGUCUUAUAAUAAAGCAGUGCGAUACGAACCCGUGUACGUUUCACUUGUCUUCACUACGCAUAUCUAACAUUGGCGACGAGGUACCCACAUAUUGGCGGAAUAAAAAGCAAAAUGGCGACAACGCAGUUUGGUAUUUUAAGUUGUUUCGACCACAAUGUACAGACGUGGAAGACAUAUAAAAGUCGUUUACUACAAUAUUUUAUUGCGAACGACAUCAAUGGACAUACAGAUGCCACGGGUAAGAAGAGGAAGGCCAUUCUUCUUAGCGCACUCACCGAAGGCACGUACAAGCUGGCAUCAGACCUAGCACUACCAAAAGACAUUGGAGAGGUACCGUAUGAAGAGAUUCUGACGUUUCUGGAUGACCAUUUCACGCCAAAACGUAUUGGAUUUGGAGAACGCCACAACUUCUACACAGCUACGCAGCUACCCGGCGAAUCCCAUACACAGUGGGCAGCGAGAUUGCGAGGACUGACAGCUCACUGCGGUUUUCUCAACGUGGAAGAGAUGUUACGCGAUAAAUUUAUCAUGGGUAUGCGUCCAGGAUUCGAAAAGGAAAAGAUAUACACACAAUAUCUGUCGGCCCUCACAUUAGCAAAGGCCGUGGAACUAGCAGAGAACCUGCAGUGUGCCCGAGUGGCAGCCGCAGUCAGUGCGAGUAGUCUGGCAGCGUCCAGGGACGUCCUACCGGCUGACAGUCAUAUAAAUCAGAUUACAAAAACCAGAAAUAACUCAAAUACGGGUAAAGUGAAGUGCAGUGUCUGUGGUUACACAAAUCAUAAAUCGUCCGAAUGCAAAUUUGCUAAUUAUCAGUGUAAAAAGUGUCACAAAAAAGGCCACUUGCGUAAAAUGUGUUCAAAAGUGAAUUACGUAGACGUGGAUGGCGGUGACAAGAGUGAUGAUGAUGGUAAGUUGUAUCAUAUCCGAUCAUUAAGGGGAGAACCCAUGGUGGUGAUAAUAUUUAUUAAUAGCUUGCCAUUCAAAUUUGAAAUUGAUAGCGGUUCGGCAGUGACGGUGAUUUCAGAAUUUUAUUAUAAUUUACAUUUUAAAAAUGUGCCGUUAUCAAACGCUCGUAAACAAUUGUCGACAUAUAACGGUAAAAAAAUUGUAUGUUUAGGAAUAUUACGGUUACCAGUAAAUUAUAAAACUCAAACACACGAACUGGACGUGCACGUGGUACGGGAUGGUGGUCCACCGCUGUUAGGCAGAGAUUUUAUAUCCCUAUUUAAAUUAGAGUUGAGCCCAGUAAAUUUUUGUAACAAAAUAGAUUUAUCCGUUAAUCAGUUGCAACAACAAUACCCCAAGCUAUUUUCGGACAGCUUAGGUACAUUUAAUAAAUACAAAAUUAAGUUAUUGCUGAAAGAGGGUUCUAACCCUAUAUUUUUUAAGUCUCGUCCCAUAGCUUUUGCAUUACGAGACAAAAUAGGGGAGGAAAUUGAUAGGUUAGUCAAUUUAGGUAUUCUAGUACCUGUAGAAUACAGCGAGUAUGCUUCACCGAUAGUACCCGUCUUAAAGCGAAAUGGUUCAGUUAGAUUAUGUGUGGACUACUCGGUAAGUCUUAAUAAACAGUUAUUAGUGGAACAGUACCCUCUUCCUACCAUCAGUGAAUUAUUUUCAAAGCUGCACGGUGGAGUACAGUUCACAAAAUUAGAUUUAUCUAUGGCCUACAAUCAGUUUUUGUUAGAUGAUGAUUCACAAAGCUUAACGUGUAUCAAUACACACCGCGGCCUAUAUAAAUAUACUCGCCUGGUAUUCGGUUUAGCAAGCGCGCCGGCUAUUUUCCAACGUGCAAUCGAAGGGGUGCUGGCAGGCAUGGACGGAGUCAUCUCUAUGCUCGAUGACAUUCUCAUAACGGGAAAGGACAGGGCAGAGCAUUUAAAUAAUUUAAAUACGGUCCUAGAACGUCUGCAAAAUGUAGGAUUAACGUUACAGAAAGAAAAGUGUCAAUUUUUUAUGGACGAAAUCCAAUACCUUGGCUACAUAAUUACCAAGGAUGGCCUUAAAAAGUCACCAGAUAAAAUUAAAGCUAUGGUGGAGGCUCCAGUUCCCACUAAUGUUAACCAACUACAGUCAUUUUUGGGGCUUAUUAACUACUAUAGGAAUUUUGUACCUAAUGCAUCGAGUAUACUUAACCCCUUAUAUGCACUAUUAAAAAAGGGUUGUAAAUGGGACUGGACCAUACAACAUGACAUCGCUUUUAAAUCAAUAAAAAAGGCACUGACGUCAGAACAAACUCUAGCGCACUUCGAUCCACACGCAAAAUUGAUAUUAACGGUAGAUGCGUCACCCAGUGGCUUAGGAGCAAUUCUGUCACAAAUUGCAGCGGACGGGAUCGAAAGACCUAUUUCAUUUGCGUCGCGCACUCUAAACGCCGCCGAGAAACGAUACGCACAAAUCCAAAAGGAGGCAACGGCCAUUAUCUUCGGUGUGCGGCGUUACCAUCAAUAUUUAUAUGGUAGAUCUGUACCGUUUAUAAUAAGAACGGAUCAUAAGCCCUUAAUUUCGAUAUUUGGACCAUACAAAGGCAUACCGGAAGUAACAGCGAACAGGUUGCAACGGUAUGCGUUGUUUCUUAGUGGUUAUUGUUAUAUUAUAGAAUAUAUACGUAGCGCUGAUAACAGCGCAGACUACCUGUCUCGGGCGACCGUACCUGGCCCCGUCCCCCACCCGCCGGUGCUCCCGCCUCUGUCGUCCGCGCCUAGUAAUAUUAAGUGCGCGUGCACCGAACAGUGUAUCUCUAACGAAUGCGACGAGUUAACAUGCGAUAAGGCGACGUAUAUUUGUUUUACUACGGACGGCAGUAUACCAAUAACUCUGUCUAAGUUGCGAGAAGAGACUAUGAAAGAUGCAAUUUUGAAUCGAGUAUUAAAAUAUAUACAAAAUGGAUGGCCAGCUAAAAUUAAUGAUAUACGUCUCAAACCGUUUCACCUUUGUAGAUUACAAUUAUCGUUAGAAAAUGGGUGUAUUAUGAGAGGUCAUAAGGUCGUCAUUCCGGAGAGUUUAUACACGAUUAUUUUAAAUGAAUUGCAUUCUUCUCAUUUAGGUAUAGUCAAAACUAAGGCCGAGGCGCGGUCACGAUUUUGGUUUCCAGGAAUCGAUCAAGCAUUGGAAAGAAUGAUAGGAUCAUGCGAUAUAUGCAUUCAGUUACGGCCGUCCCCCCGCGCGCACCCCCUCCUCUGGGAAUAUCCAUUUUCGCCUUUUGAUAGGAUACACAUCGACUAUUUAGGUCCAAUAAAAGGUUGUACGUAUUUAGUAGUAGUAGACGCCCACACGAAAUGGGUUGAAGUGUACAAUAUGAACACUAAUACGACGUCCAGCGCAGUGAUCGAAAAAUUAUGCGAUUUUAUGUCGAGGUAUGGAGUACCAAAAACGCUAGCGAGUGAUAACGGUACUGCUUUUUGUUCUCACGACUUUGAAAGCUUUUGUAUUUCCAACGGAAUAUCACACGUCACAUCGCCGGUAUACCACCCUGCGAGCAAUGGGCAAGCUGAAAGCUUCGUCAAAGUAGUGAAAAAGGGAAUUAAAUCAUGUCUUUUGUCACGUUGUAAUGUAAGAGAAACAAAGAUUAAAUUACUAAAAUAUCUCAUGGAUUACCGUAACUCCGUACACACCACCACGGGUUUAUCGCCCGCUCAAAUGGUAUUUGGCCGUAAGUUAAGAUCGCGACUAGAUUUGAUUAAUCCAACAUCAUCAUCACCCUCGUCACCGACCGUAUCUAAUCAUGUACAAAAUAAACAGUGUACGCAAAUUAAGUUACACGCGAAAACUAAAACGAGGGAUUUUAACAAAAAUGAUAGUGUGAUGUAUAAAAAAUAUACAAAUAAAAAUUGUUUUACAUGGUGUAAGGGCAUAAUAGUUAAACGAUUGGGUAAAGUGUUGUAUAUAAUACAAGAUACAUAUAGCCUAGAAUGUGUCAAAAGACACAAAAAUCAAUUGUUAUUAUAUAAAGGGAGUAGUAACAACCAUGAGCAAAGUACAGAUGGAAGUACGUACUUACCUAGUCCUCUGCCGUUGCCGCCGUCAUCACUGCCGCGGCCCCGAUUGACGCUGCACCAGUCGUCUCCUCCACCUGCAAUGACGUCAUCGCUGCCGUCAACGCCUGUCCCCGUGUCACCGCAAGCAACGGGUUCCGAUCCGUUAUCACCUACCUUAUUGCACCCGGAACAAUUGGCAUUAUCGUACGAGUCGCCAGACUGGAGUUGCCGGGCCCGAGAGAGAAGAGCAGAAAUUUAUGAACCAAAUGAUUCGGCGCAUUCAGAAGACUCUGCAGUGAAUGAUAGGUUGGGAACACAGUCAGAUGAUGAUGACUUUCAGGAAGCGGAAAAUAUAUGAUGAAUAUUAAAUACCCUGACGGUCAAACCAUGAACGGCUUAUUAAUAUAUAUAUAUAUAUAUAUGUAUGCAUAUACAACACCUUAGAUAUGCUCUUGAGUUAGUUGAACUAGUUCCACAAUAAUUACAAAAUGUACAACUAUUGUUAAAACUUUGAUUUUCUUAAUAUUGUUUUUGUUUUUUUUAUGGGUUUUGUAAUAAGGGGAGGGAUGUUAGGUAUGUUGGUACACCUGUGUGGCUGCGCCCACCAUCAAGCUGUCUUAUAAUAAAGCAGUGCGAUACGAACCCGUGUACGUUUCACUUGUC